AUGUCAUUCGAAGUAGGAACUCGUUGUUGGUACCCAAGCGAACAACAGGGCUGGAUAGGCGCAGAAGUCACUAGUAAUGAUUUCAAGGACGGUAAAUACAAUUUGGAGCUUACUCUAGAAGAUAACGAAGUUGUUAAUCUGGAAAUUGAUGAUCUGAAAAAUGAUCAGGAUUCAAAAUUACCACUACUAAGAAAUCCUCCAAUUUUGGAAGCCACAGAAGAUUUAACAUCUCUUUCGUAUCUGAAUGAGCCUGCUGUCUUACAUGCAAUCAAGCAACGUUAUUCUCAAUUGAAUAUAUAUACGUAUUCAGGUAUCGUUCUUAUCGCAACUAAUCCAUUUGAUAGAGUCGAUCAACUUUAUUCCCAAGAUAUGAUUCAAGCUUAUGCUGGAAAACGUAGAGGUGAAAUGGAACCACAUUUAUUCGCCAUUGCAGAAGAAGCAUACAGCUUGAUGAAAAAGGAUAAGCAGAAUCAAACAAUCGUCGUUAGUGGUGAAUCAGGUGCAGGUAAGACCGUUUCUGCCAAGUAUAUUAUGCGUUAUUUCGCCUCAGUAGAGGAAGAAAUGUCUUCGAAUAUGGGUAACUUACAACAUACGGCUGAAAUGUCAGAAACCGAAGAAAAAAUUCUGGCUACUAAUCCAAUUAUGGAAGCCUUUGGUAAUGCAAAGACUACGAGAAAUGAUAACUCUUCAAGAUUCGGUAAAUAUUUAGAGAUUUUAUUCGAUGCAAAUACUGCUAUUAUCGGUGCGAAAAUUAGAACUUAUCUUCUAGAACGAUCAAGGUUGGUAUAUCAACCUGAUACUGAAAGAAAUUAUCAUAUCUUUUAUCAAAUAUUAGCUGGUCUACCGCAAGAAACAAAAGAUGAAUUGCAUUUAACUGCCGCUUCUGAUUAUUUUUAUAUGAAUCAAGGUGGUGAUACCCAGAUUAAAGGUAUCGAUGACGCCAAAGAGUAUCAGAUUACUGUGGAUGCUCUAGAAUUGGUCGGUAUACAUAAAGAAACUCAGCAUAGUAUAUUCAAAAUAUUAGCAGCUUUACUUCACAUUGGUAAUAUUGAAAUUAAGAAAAUUAGAAAUGAUGCUUCUUUAUCAUCAGAUGAGCCAAAUUUGAAAUUAGCUUGUGAAUUAUUAAACGUCGAUUCUUCCAGUUUCGCCAAAUGGAUAACAAAGAAACAAAUUAUAACGAGGUCUGAAAAGAUUGUAUCCAAUUUAAGUUAUAAUCAAGCUUUAGUGGCAAGGGAUUCUGUUGCUAAAUUCAUCUACUCUGCAUUAUUCGAUUGGUUAGUUGAAAAUAUUAAUACAGUGCUAUGCCAUCCAGGUGUUUCUGACCAAGUUAAAUCAUUCAUAGGUGUCUUAGAUAUUUACGGGUUUGAACAUUUUGAAAAGAAUUCUUUCGAACAAUUUUGUAUCAAUUAUGCUAAUGAAAAAUUACAGCAAGAGUUCAAUCAACAUGUUUUCAAAUUGGAACAAGAAGAAUAUAUUAAGGAAGAAAUUGAAUGGUCCUUUAUUGAAUUUAAUGACAACCAACCUUGUAUCAACUUAAUUGAAAAUAAAUUGGGUAUCCUAGCAUUGUUAGACGAAGAGAGUAGAUUACCAGCUGGUUCCGAUGAAUCAUGGACUCAAAAGUUAUAUCAAACUUUAGAUAAACCGCCAAGUAACAAGGUAUUCUCCAAACCACGUUUCGGCCAAACUAAAUUCGUCGUGAGCCAUUAUGCACACGAUGUUUCUUAUGAUACUGAAGGGUUUAUUGAAAAAAAUAGAGAUACCGUUUCAGAUGGUCACCUUGAAGUCUUGAGAGCCACAGAAAAUGAAACUUUAGCCAAAAUCCUAGAGAAUUUAGAUGACGAAGCCAAAAAAUUAGAAGAUGCUAAGAAAGCUGAAGAGGAAAAGAACCCAGGGAAAAAGAUGGGCCCCACAAGAACAGUACAAAGGAAACCCACUUUAGGAUCAAUGUUCAAACAGUCUUUAAUUGAGUUGAUGAGUACUAUUAACUCUACAAAUGUCCAUUAUAUCCGUUGUAUCAAACCUAAUAAUGAAAAAGAAGCUUGGAAGUUUGAUAACUUAAUGGUUCUUUCUCAAUUGAGAGCGUGUGGUGUUUUAGAAACAAUUAGAAUUUCUUGUGCAGGGUUCCCUUCAAGGUGGACGUUCAGAGAAUUUCUACUGAGAUAUUACAUUCUAAUCUCCUCGAAUGAGUGGUCGAAAAUUUUCCAGAAUAAAGAUAGUACCGAAGAAGAUGUAAUAGAGCUCUGUAAGAAAAUAUUAGACACUACAGUGAAGGACACUGCAAAGUAUCAAAUUGGUAACACCAAAAUUUUCUUUAAGGCUGGUAUGCUUGCGUACUUAGAAAAAUUAAGAAGUGACAAGAUGAAUUACUCUAUUGUUUUAAUCCAGAAGAAUAUUAGAGCAAAAUACUAUAAAAGGCAAUAUACUGAAAUCAAAAAAGCUAUUUCGCUAUGUCAAAGUGUUUCAAGAGGUAUUGUCACCCGUGGUAGAGUCGAAUUUAAAUUAAAGACCCAAUCUGCAACAAUGAUUCAAACGUUAUAUAGAGCGGUUCAGAAACGUUCUGAGGUGAAUAACAUUAUCUCAGGCAUUGUUGCUAUUCAAAUUAAGAUUAAAAAUGAGUUGCAUCAAAGAGCUAUGUUGGCACAACAUGAAUUGGAUGCUGCAUUAUCAAUUCAAAACAAGAUUAGAUCUUUCAAGCCUAGAAGAUCAUUCUUGGUUGAACGUAAAAGUACUAUAGUAAUUCAGUCAUUGAUUAGAAGGAGGAAUGCUGAAAAAGUGUUGAGAAAGCUAAAAGCUGAAGCAAAAAGUGUUACCCAUCUCAAAGAAGUCAGUUACAAACUUGAAAAUAAAGUUAUUGAAUUGACUGAAAACCUAGCAAUGAAGGUGAAGGAAAAUAAAGAAAUGGGAAGAAGAUUAGAAGAACUGCAGCAAACUUUGAAUGAUACUGUAAGUUUGAAAGCAGAAUUAGAGCUCCAACAACAAGAACAUAAUGAUGCUAUUCAAAGACAAAAAUUAGAGUAUGCUGCUGCCCAUGAAGCUGUUGAAUUAAAACUAAUGCAAGCGAACAAGAGUAUUGAAGAGACAAAACUUGAAUUGAAACAACUAGUGGAACAACACGAACAAUUGAGAGAAGAAUCAAAUAGACAAUUAACCGAAUUAGAUAGCUCAAAGAAACUUCUUGCUGAAUACGAAAGUAAAAAUGCCGAUCUACAAAAUGAAGUUGAAUCGUUAAAGAGGGAGAUCGUAAAUCUACAACACGAUUUGACUCUCGGUACUGUUAACACAAAUAUUUUACCACAAACACCUUCCCAUGGUCGUAAGAUGUCUUCACAUAAUUCAGCCUUUGCUGAAAAUGAUUUAUCUCCAUCACAAAAUGGUAAUCAAGUAAUGAUGAACAACUAUGAGGAUAACAGCUCAGUUUCCUUGGCCCAAAUAAAUGAGGAGUUAUACAAAUUACUUGAGAAUAUCGAAUCCCUAAACUCAGAAAUUACGGAAGGUCUGUUGAGAGGUUUCAAGGUACCUGAUGCUGGUGUUGCUACAAAGCUAAGCAAGAGGGAUGUUGUUUACCCUGCAAGAAUUUUAAUUAUCGUCUUAAGUGAAAUGUGGAGAUUCGGUUUAACGAAGCAAAGUGAAAGUUUCCUUGCCCAAGUUUUAACGACCAUACAAAAAGUAGUGACCACUUUGAAGGGCAGCGACUUGAUUCCAAGCGGUGCUUUUUGGUUAGCCAAUGUAAGGGAGCUGUAUUCUUUUGUUUUGUUUGCUCAGCAUUCUAUCUUAACUGAGGAAAAUUUCAAGAAGGAUAUGAAUGAUGAAGAAUACAAUGAAUACGUGUCUCUUGUAACAGAAUUAAAAGAAGAUUUUGAAUCUUUAAGUUAUAAUAUUUAUAACAUCUGGCUAAAGAAAUUACAAAAGGAAUUACAAAAGAAGAGUAUCACGGCCAUCGUAAUGUCGGAGGCACUUCCAGGGUUUGGUUCUAAUGAAUCUGGUGGAUUCCUGAAUAAAAUCUUUAAUUCAAAUGAAAAUUACACCGUUGAUGAUAUUCUGACUUUUUUCAACAGUAUAUAUUGGUGCAUGAAAUCCUUCGAUAUUGACGACGAAGUUUUCCGCAGUGUCGUCACUACGUUAUUGAAUUAUAUUGAUGCAAUUUGCUUCAACGAUUUGAUUAUGAGACGUCAUUUCUUAUCAUGGAAGCGUGGCCUGCAACUGAACUACAACAUUACCAGACUAGAAGAAUGGUGCAAAGCACACGAAUUACCAGAUGGAGCUGAUUGUUUGAAACAUUUGAUUCAAACCUCAAAACUGUUACAAUUGAGGAAAUAUACCAUUGAAGAUAUUGAUAUCCUACGUGGUAUCUGUUCAGAUUUAACUCCGGCUCAAUUGCAAAAAUUGAUAACUCAAGCUCAUGUUGCGGAUUAUGAAUCACCAAUACCACAAGAAAUUCUAAAAUAUGUUGCAGAUAUUGUUAAGAAUGAAGGCUCAAUCGGUAAUGCUAAGAAUGAUAUCUUCUUACAUCCUGAAACUGGCCCAUUCGAAGAUCCUUUCGUUACAAUUCCAACUAAGAAGUUUGAUCAAGUCGAAGCAUAUAUUCCUGUUUGGUUAAAUUUACCAAAUACAAAGAGAAUCGUUGAUCUAGUUGCACAAAAUGUCAACGUUGUUGAAUAG